AUCUGAUGAUUAUAUAUUCUGCUUUCUUUGUGAGUUGAUUUUUACUUUCCAGGAGCAGCGGGCUAUGCUAGAGAAUGAGACUUUGCACAGACAGGCAAAUUGUUUUUGCAACAAAGUUUCUUAUACUUCAUUGAAUCAACUAUGAUAAGAACUAUAUACAACGCAUUGCUGGUUGAGGAGCUUCAGGGUUUCUUUCCAUCAACUAAUCGAUCAGUUCCAUCUUAUCUCAAAUAUUGUCCUAUUGAAGGGAAGAAUUGUAUCACAGGCAACGGUGUUGCUAGCUCUGAUGUGACAUGUAGCUACACAGUUGGAAGGGGAAACUCAGACACCACAUUGGAUUUAGGGUAAUGUAUUCUUUUGCAUUAAUUUGUACGUUAAGCUGGGAAUAACAUCGAAUGAUCAUGGAAACCAUGUAAUUUUAAUACCUUUUAGCUUGGUCAGUUGGUUGCUUUCAACCUUAAUCUAGCCUCCUUUAUCAAGGCCUACAUUUAAACCUUGUAAAAGAUAGAAUUAUCAAAAUGGAAGCUACCUUGUUUUCUUUUAUUACCUUACCUGUAUGUCUCUAUCCAUUCAUAUCUAUAUGGUUCUUUAUUUCUCCUUACCUUAUGGUACCAUGGUAGGAUACAUAUUAAAUUACUUGAAGUUGUUUUACCUAGGAGGGUCUCCUAUCAACUCUUCUUCUGCCAGGUUGUUUGCUGAUCAUUAUCACAAGAGAAAAGAACCCGAAAGAGAAAACAUUCCAAUGACUCAGAGACCCAGUUACAGUUGCUGUGAUCCUUUUGCAUCAUGUUGUCAUCCAGAAACAGAGAAGUUAUCAAAAUGCAGGUGUAGAUGUUACCCUUUGGGUGAAGUUUUAAGGUGAUGGAUAGAUACAUAGUUAUUCCUCUAAGUUUUGCUCAUCAAAUGAAAAAUGUUGGGAGAACAUUACAAAAUUGACUUUUCUUUCUGUCUUGUAUCAUAACUACCUCAGACUUGCUGUAUUGCAGCUCUCUUUUCUGAUUAAAACAAAUUAGAGGGA